AACGGAAACAUUUUGGUCAGUGUCGAACGAAUUGCCAUCAAGGAUGAAGGUUCACCUCUGCGUCGGUUUUGGGAUACUGCUGCUAGGCCAGAGUUACCUUUCGGGGGCGCAGAACAACGAAUGUGGUGUAUCGGUUGGAACCUUUGAUAUGGUGUGUACGGGAUGUACGGAAAUUUUAGUUUGCAUGCCAAAUGGUAAACCGAUACAAUUAAGCUGUCCCAAAUCAACAUUCUGUGACCUAAACGUUAGACCAGCGAUAUGUGGAGAUAGCGUCCCGUUUGGUUGUGAACCGCUGACCACAACGCUGUCUUCAAGUACAACAACGGAGGGUCUCACAAAGCAGGAACCUUCGUCCAUCAAUACCGAAGCCAGUACAGAGGAACUGUCCUCGACUGAACAUUCCUCGGCAGAAGCAGAUUCCUCAUCGGCAGAGCCAGGUAUACAAGAGCCGUCAACGGGGGAACCCUCAACGGGAGAACAAUCAACGGGUGAACCAUCUACAGGUGAACCUUCAACGAGUGAACCAUCUACGGGUGAACAUUCAACAGGUGAGCCAUCAACAGGUGAACCAUCAACAGGAGAACCUCCAACGGGUGAACCAUCUACGGGAGAGCCAUCAACGGGAGAAUCUUCAACAGGUGAACCAUCUACGGGAGAGCCAUCAACGGGAGAAUCUUCAACAGAAGAACCAACAACAGGAGAACCUUCAACGGGUGAACCAGCAACCGCAAUACCCUCCACAGCUGCACCCAGUACACCAUUACCAUCCACGGCAGAACCAAGUACUCAAGUUCCGUCUAGUGCACAGCCUUCUACAGCCGAACCAAGUACACAAGCACCAUCGACGCCAGAACCCAGUACUCAGCAGCCGUCUACUGCGCAGCCUUCUACAGCUGAACCAAGUACACAGGAACCCUCAACAGUACAACCGAGUACUCAAGCACCAUCAACCCAAGAACCAUCAACGGCGGAACCAAGUACUCAAGUUCCGUCUAGUGCACAGCCUUCUACGGUCGAACCAAGUACACAAGCACCAUCGACGCUAGAACCCAGUACUCCGCAGCCGUCUACUGCUCAGCCUUCUACAGCUGAACCAAGUACACAGGAACCCUCAACAGUACAACCGAGUACUCAAGCACCAUCAACCCAAGAACCAUCAACGGCGGAACCAAGUACUCAAGUUCCGUCUAGUGCCCAGCCUUCUACGGCCGAACCAAGUACACAAGCACCAUCGACGCUAGAACCCAGUACUCAGCAGCCGUCUACUGCGCAGCCUUCUACAGCUGAACCAAGUACACAGGAACCCUCAACAGUACAACCGAGUACUCAAGCACCAUCAACCCAAGAACCAUCAACGGCGGAACCAAGUACUCAAGUUCCGUCUAGUGCCCAGCCUUCUACGGCCGAACCAAGUACACAAGCACCAUCGACGCUAGAACCCAGUACUCAGCAGCCGUCUACUGCGCAGCCUUCUACAGCUGAACCAAGUACACAGGAACCCUCAACAGUACAACCGAGUACUCAAGCACCAUCAACCCAAGAACCAUCAACGGCGGAACCAAGUACUCAAGUUCCGUCUAGUGCACAGCCUUCUACGGCCGAACCAAGUACACAAGCACCAUCGACGCUAGAACCCAGUACUCAGCAGCCUUCUACUGCGCAGCCUUCUACUGCGCAGCCUUCCACAGCUGAACCAAGUACACAAGAACCUUCAACGGCGGAACCAACUACACUGCAACCAACCACGGUCACGGCAGCCCCGGGCGCCAUUCUUUGCACCGAAGCAGGCAUCUAUCCGGACCCACUCAACUGUACGAAGUACCAAUUUUGUCCCGGUAAAGGAUUCGGUUCGUCGAUACAGCAGUGUCCACCUAAUUACGUGUUCAACCAAACCUGGGCCGGAGGCCUGGGUUUCCCUUGCAGACGCGCUAUAAAUAUGUUGUUCGAUUGUGCCAAGGUUGAUUGUUCGGGAAGUUCGGCUUUUAAACGGUACGGGUCAAGCAAAAAAUAUUACGCAACCUGCGAGACUGACAGCACCACUGGGGAAACCAAAGUAUCGAUGUUCAAGUGCGCCGACGGAGAAACGUUCAACGGUUCGAAGUGUGUGUACACAUGUCCCAGGGAAGGGAUGUGGGUCAAUGCUGCGGAUCCAAGAAAGUAUUACCAGUGCUUCUGGUCAGGAAAUCAGUUGGCGUACGUUGAGAGGAGCUGCCCUUCGGGUAAGGUUUUCAACGAAGCCAAACGUGUAUGUCUCAAACAGACAAGUAUUUAGGAGUGUUCACAAAGAAGUAUAUACAAAAUAAAAUAGCCGUUUUUCAACUGAUUAGUAA